GUUGCCGGGGUGACGGAGCGGGAGCCGGGCCUUGUGGGGAGGGACCGCCGCUGCCAUCAUGUCGAUGGUGUUCGUGCCCCAGCGGCUGCGGGGCAAAUGCGAAAUAAACCAGGCGACUAUCCAGAAGUUACUGGACGAGAACAACCAGUUGAUUCAGUGCAUUGUGGAGUAUCAGAACCUCGGCAAGGCUGCAGAGUGCACCCAAUACCAGCAGAUCCUGCACAGAAACCUCAUCUACCUGGCUACGAUAGCAGACUCCAGCCAGAAUGUGGCCAGUGCCCACCCUGCGCCGCUCGGCCAGCCAAUGGGGAUGGGCCCCGUGGGGAUGGAGCCUGUCCCGAGAACUGUCGACCCCAUGGGAAAUGGAACUCCUCCCCCCGGACCGGGGAACCCUCACCAGAUGGCAGCUGGAGCUCCCUUUCCCCAUGGGCAGACUCACUAUCAACAAGUUAAUCCAAGCACUUCCGUGAGUUUACCUGCCGGUAGCCAAGGCAACAUGGGGAGCUUCAACCAGCCGGUGGCUUCCCCGCAGGGCAUGCCUGCCCAAGAGCAGCUGGGCUUGAGUGUGGGCUCCACCCUGGCCACUCAUCUACAGCCAGGUGUGCAGCAGGGCCCAGCGCCUGCACAGCAGCCAGCACCUCAGGGAGAAUUCUUCAACCCGCAGUUCAACCAGGCACAGCCUCCCACUGAGGGUAUGAAUAUGCAGCUCUAUCCAGAAGGCAGUGGCUGGUAUGGACCGCAGCAGGGGCAGUUCCAGCAGAACCCUGGUGCCCACCAGCAGACCUUCUACCAGCAGUACAUCACCCAGCAGCCAGUGACCAGCACACCUCAGGAAUUCAAUUCUGCACAGAACUCUCAAGGACAAUUUAGAAGCUUCCAGCAAGAUCCAGGGCAACAGUACGUGUCGUACAGAACUCAGCAGCCUGCCCCCACCCCAGGCCAACAGCAGGCAUUCCCCUACGGCCAGGGAGCUGCGUUUGGGGGCUUCCAGUGAGGGGCCGCCGCGACACUGCAGCUAAGCAGCAGUGACAACCUCUCCCGGCCUAGUCUCAGCCACGCAGCGCUGUAAAGGCAGAUUGGUGAGAGCGGAGGCCAUCUCACCUGCCGCCACAUCUAAGGGGAUCUCAGCGCAUCCACUUCUAGUUUACACCCACCCAAUCUCCCCAUCCCUGGCCCCAUUUCCACCUUCAACCAACCCCACCCCUGGUCGCUCCUGACCCAGAGAUGUCACCAUGUCCCAGGCAAUGUCCCACACGUGGCCUCCUAUCACCAGCCCUACCACACCCACCCCAUCGCUUUCCGGCCCACCUGCACCAUCACCGGUCCACCUCCAUCCCGCCUCACUACCCACCCCCUGGCCCACUCAUCACAUCCCCCACCUGCCAUGGCCCAUCCAACUCCUCCCACCCUGCCCCAACCCCUUUAGCCAUCUCUACCACCCCCCACCCCCUUCCACCCCAAUCUCCCGACCCUCUCAGCCACCUCUGACACUCCCCAUUCCCAUCCCAUGGGUCCUGUGCCGUGUGUCUCCUGAUGGUUAUAUCGGCGCAGGUUUCUACGAUGUUGCCUCUUGGUUCAGCACCAGCAAUGGCCAUUCCAGUGCUGGCUCUCAUGAAAGAAAACUGAAAGCUGUGUUCUUGAAUCUGCUCCCACUGCCCUGGUCUCUGAUCGCUGCCGUGCGAGUUAACAGCAGUUCCUGAUACUUCCCCUCUCCCCCCCCGUUACUCGGUGGGAUCCAUGUUCUCCAGAAAUGUCCGCAGUGAGCAGAAUGGGGGCAUAGGACAGAAAUGGACCAGCCCUUGGCAUGAAAGAUGCUACCCUCGCCCUGCCCUUACAGCCCAUCCAAUGGGAACUGGCGGGGGUGGGGUGAGGGGGGAGUCUUGCAGCUGUAAAUACACUCCAAGCACGUCGGUAACAAGGCAACGUCGAGGACGUCAAAGACAACACCGCUCACCUCGACUGCGCAUCCAAACCAGCCUCUGCUCACCCUCACUGGGCCACAGUGCGAAGCAGUUUUAAUCUUGGGAAGUAAAUAAUUUGGGUGUUUGGUGCUUUUAAGGUGACAUGAUUUGAGUAGGUUAAAGUGGUUGGAAAGUUGAUCAAAGAGCAGGUUGGAUAUAUCUGGGAAUCUGUUUGUGUGAGUAGUGUAAUUGUUAAAUUGCUGCAGAUUAUUAAAAUGUUGUUAAUAAAAUGUUUACCAUUGA